UAAUGCGAAUUCAUGGAAUACGGGUAAACCGUGGGUUGUUGGUAUAAUGCGUUUCAACUACCUGUGUACAAAAACCCAAAAUAUCCUAGUGUUAAUUCCUUCACUGCAUACGACAUACCUGUGUAGCAUUCUCUCAACUUCCUUGCGCCUGCGUCAGAAGUGGUUUGUAAGCAAACCCUAGAGAUGGCACAGGAAGAAGUAGCCAAUGUGAGAGUGGAUCCACUGGGGGAUGAUGAUGGGGAGGAGUUAGCAGCGCAAUACAGGACGGAGGCACGGAUAGUGGGGGCGGAAGUGGGUGAGACGGUGGGAGAAUCGCAGGUUUCGGCCCUGAUAUUGGCCCCAAAGCCGCUAAGCCAGGUGGAGCCAGAGCAGUGGCACACUAAGGCGGACAAAUCCACACUCACGGUAGCGGAUUUGGAGGUGAUUAGGGAGCGGUACCAGAUUCCGGCGGAGGUAGAUUUACUGCUGCCAACAUCAGGGGAGAGGCCGUCUACUGCGAGGCCAGGGGAGUUUUCCCUGUACGAGGAGGCGCUAAAAGGGGGGCUGAGGUUGCCACUGCCUCAAGUGGUGGUUGACGUGCUGAAUCGCCUGGAGGUAGCGCCGGGGCAAUUGAUGCCCA